UCCCUGCCAGAAGUUGUCAGUAUUAUAAAUGUCGCCGUUUACCUGGUUUAUCUUGAAUUCUGUAAUGUCGAUGCUUCCUUGAACUUUGACCCUUAUCUAACCUUCGUUGGGGUACAUGUGUGAAAAUAGAAGCCGCACACACUGUCCGAGAGACCUGUAUAAUAUAAAAUGGCUAGAUAUCUCGCACAGAUCAUUGUGAUGGGAGCACAGGUGGUGGGGCGUGCAUUUGCUCGUGCUUUACAGCAAGAAUUUGCAGCCAGUCAAGCAGCAGCGAAGGCCCGGAGUAGUGCAGGUCAGCACUCUGCUGCAGCCUCUAGCAUUACUGGGAUGAGCCUGCAAGAGGCGCAGCAAAUCCUCAAUAUCUCCACCCUCACCCCUGAGGAGAUUCAGAAGAACUACGAGCACCUUUUUAAAGUCAAUGACAAGACCGUUGGCGGUUCAUUUUACCUACAAUCAAAAGUGGUGCGGGCUAAAGAGCGUCUAGAUGAGGAACUAAGUAUUCAGACACAACAACAAAGCAAGCAGUCACAGCAGAAUACGGAAACAUGAAGUAUGAAAUGAUGCUCACCCUUUCUUUCCUCUCCCCAUUCUCUGUAAAUUAUAACCUAAUAAAAGCCCUUUUCUCUACUCUCAAAUUUGUGGCAUUCUGUGGGCAAUGGCUGUGAUCUUAAGACAGGGAACCACAAACAAUAUAAUAUGGGCUUAUAGUUUUUAUUUUUAGAUGGGCCAUAUGUAUAAUGUUAUAUAUGGUUUGCUAUGGUCUAAAUCCAUACAUCAGUGCUUUCAUUUAUGUCACAAUUUAAGCUACUGUAGAUUUGAAUACAGUGAGUGAAACUGCAGCUUGUUGACUAUUAAUCAGGGUAAUAUUAUUUUUAUUCAGGUGAAGUGUGAUGGCAGCAUCAAGUGUGCACGUUGGUCUAAUUUGUCACAUUAACCUGGAUGAUUUCUUGAUUAUUAUGUAUGUACAUUUCCACAACAUGUAAUUUUAUUGUAUAUUUGGAACAGAAAUGAAUACACAAGUUGUAUCAAAUACAACUUUAUUAAACAA